GCUCCCCGAGCGGAGCACAGGACAGAGCCAGUGGCGGGAGAGGGGGCCCGGGCCGGGCUCGCCGGCUUUGUCUCCAGCUCUCCCUGGGCUGCGCUGGCCGCGGGAAGGCAGCUGCGGGGCAGACGGGCGGGGUGUGCACGCAGCAUUGCGCGCUGCCAGCCGCCUCCCGCCGCGCCCCUCCUCCCGCCGCAGGUAGGCACCGCUCCCCCGGGAGCCGCCUGCGGAGCCCACCGUGCUGGUCCCGCCCUGGCUGCGCGGGAGCAGGAGCCGCGGCCGCCGCGGGGUUGAUUGAGAACCAAGAGGCAUCAAAUCCAGCAAAUAUCAGUCAGCGAGAAUUAGGCUUGUUCCUAACAGAAAACAUGUCUGAAAUUGAUUUUGAGGAAUUAGCCGAAAUAGAAUUACAGAAAGAUGAGGCAGAACAUGCAAUAAUGGAAAAGCGAAAGACCUCCUUCACACCAGCAGCAUGUGAAGACACUGAACUAAGCAUUAAUCAUCCAUACUACGAUGUUGCAAGGCAUGGCAUUGUGCAGCUAGCAGGUGAUGACAAUUCUGGGAGGAGGGUGAUUACUUUCAGUUGCUGUCGUAUGCCCCCUUCCCAUCAGCUCAAUCACAGCAGAUUACUAGAAUAUUUGAGAUAUACACUCGACCAGUAUGUGGAGAAUGAUUACACCCUUGUCUACUUUCACUAUGGCCUGAACAGUCGGAAUAAACCCUCUCUGAACUGGCUGCAAAGUGCCUACAAAGAAUUUGACAGGAAGUAUAAGAAAAAUCUUAAAGCACUCUAUGUUGUACAUCCAACCAACUUCAUAAAAAUUCUGUGGAACAUUUUUAAACCUCUCAUAAGUCAUAAGUUUGGGAAAAAGAUCACCUAUUUGAACUAUUUAAGUGACCUGAGAGAGCAUCUCAAAUAUGACCAGCUUAAUAUCCCUGAAGAUGUUAUUCGACAUGAUCAAAAUCUUCGGGAUAAACAGAAGGGGAGACCACCACCUUCAGCCAAGGUUCCUCCACCAAGACCUCCUCUUCCUACACAGCAAUUUGGGGUCAGCCUACAAUAUCUCAAGGACAAAAAUAAAGGCCAACUAAUCCCACCAGUAAUGAAGCAAACUGUGUCCUACCUGAAAAGUAAAGGGCUCCGAGUAGAAGGCCUGUUCAGAAGGUCAGCCAGCAUACAAACUAUCAAAGAGGUUCAUAAACUCUAUAAUCAGGGGAAGCCAGUGAAUUUUGAUGACUAUGGAGAUAUCCAUAUUCCUGCUGUUAUCCUGAAGACCUUCCUCAGGGAACUCCCACAGCCUUUGCUAACCUUUGAAUCCUACGAUCAAAUCCUUGGAAUCACUGGUGUGGAAAGCAGUUUACGAGUGACGAGCUGUAAACAAGUAAUCCAAGGACUUCCUGAGCACAAUUAUGUUGUUCUGAAAUACUUGAUAUGCUUCCUUCAUAUGGUAUCCCAGGAGAGUAUUUAUAACAAAAUGACUGGAUCCAACCUGGCAUGUGUCUUUGGGUUGAAUUUAAUCUGGCCGCCUAAAGGAGCUUCGUCCCUGAGUGCUUUGAAUCCUCUAAAUCUCUUCACUGAAUUACUGAUAGAUUUCUACUCUAAGAUCUUCAGUUCACGAACAGUACCUGGUGAGAUCUUACCUUAAUGUUCACAAAAAGGGAAAAGGAAUAUGCCUACCUUAGCAAAAAUCUCCACAUAUAAACCUAUGAGAAUUCACUAUACACAGGAUUUUACAGAAACAAAUAUAUUUCAUAUACAGAGCAAAAUCCUUUUCUCUCUUUUGCAUCACCAUGAUUUUCCAGAUAUCAAAGAUGUUAGGGGAAAUAUGCUUACCAAUACUCUUUGUAUGUGGGUGUGUAUAUAUAAACAUUCACAAACCUUCAGGUCAAAGUGGCAUAAACUUUCCUCUUUUCAUAAUCUUUAGCAAUUGUUAAAUAUUUGUUAGUUUAAAAAUUCAUAACAGUAGAUAAGACUGUCAUUCAUUUAAGCAUCUGGAAGUUCCCUACUAUGUGACAUUUUUUUCUAGGGUGAUGCUAACUUCUGGACCAUCUGGAAAAAGUUUCUUUUGAAAUCUUCAAAUAUAUACAAAUUAUGGAUUAAUUUUUCAGAAUUUCAGGCACUCAUUCCCACACACACAAAAGUGUGUGCAUUUGUGUCUGCGUUUAUGUGCAAUUACCUUGAAAACCAAAGUAUUUGCCUGUGUCAGUUAGAUUAUGCAUACAUCUGUCUCUGUGCUUUUAAAUAUCUGGUAUGCCUGUCCAACCAUUGUAGUUGCACAUGCAAACUAAGUGGAAAAUUACACAAGCACUCUUGAGCUUUUAAAAAUCGAGUCAUUUGUGUUUUUAUCUUUAAAGAAUCUCUGUAUCAGUAUAUAGUUAAUACAGAAUGUGAGAAAUCAUUGUUUGAAAAAUGCAUUGAAUGUUUUCAUUAUUUGCUGUAUGCUCUUGAAGUUUUUUGAGUUGUUAGAAAUCUGCUCCUAAAAUCAGUCACACACACACACACACGCACCCCCAAAAAAAAAGAGAGAGAGAAAGAAAGAAAAUCUUAACCCACCUUGAACUCUGGAAAAUACUCCUGAUGGCACUUUUAUCUAAUGUAUGUUAUCGGUGCGAUGACAUUAAUCCCAGUGGGAAUAAUUAGCCAUAGUAAUGUAAGUUUCUGUGUUUUCUCUCUAGAUACUUGUAUUUGAAUACCACUUAAAGUUCUGCUCCCUCGAUGUCUGCUACUGAUCAUUAGUGGAACAGGAUAGGGAGGUUAUCAUUGUAACAGCAAAAGGGACUGAACUAGUUUUGACCAAAAUAAGCAGUAUUUUCCCCAACGUCUGCUUCUCCUGCUCCCAUACAAAGCUGCUGAAGCAGACAUCCCAUUCAGGAUAUAGUAGAGACAGUGAUCCAUGGAGACCAGUUUGGUUAUCCCUUCACCUUCAAAAACAAAGGAACCCUUUCCCUUCCAGCAGUUCUAGCUAAUUGAGGGAUUGUGCUUCUCGUCUCUCAUCUUGACAGCGACUAAGUAUCUGCCUGUCUAACAGAUGCAGGCUUCCAAAUCCUUGUUGGAGAGAGCACAUAGUGAUUUAUUCCUUUUGGCAAUUUAGAGCACAUAGGAGAGAGUACCCAUCACACCAUGUCAGUCCUAUGUUUGCCCAGUAGAUGUCAUCUGCAGCAUAAGUCUAUAAAAGGAAAUUAAUGCAAUGUAAAUAAUCAAAAAGCUAUAGAACAAGCUGUAACUGUAUGUGACAUCCUUUUAAAAUUUAAAUCGUGAUGUAAUUUUCUCUUAAUUCAUCAAGUGUUUCAAUUAAAAACAAAAUUUUGGCUUU